AUGACUAUUAAGUUGGUGGUUCAAGAGUACACCCUAAAUUUCGUUAGCGCCUAUGCGCCGCAUGCGGGCCUAAAUGUGGAGGUUAAAUGGUGCUUCUGGGAGGGGUUAGAUGAGAUUGUGCGCCAGGUUCCACCUGUUGAGAAGCUAUUCAUAGGAGGGGAUUUCAAUGGUCAUAUUGGGUCGACCACUGGUGGUUAUGGCGAAGUGCAUGGAGGCUUUAGUUUUGGGGAGAGGAACGGAGGAGGUACCUCGCUGUUGGACUUUGCUAAGGCUUUUGGGUUGGUGAUUGCGAACUCUAGCUUUUCGAAGAGGGAGGAACAUUUGGUUACUUUUCAAAAUGCUAUGGCAAAGACUCAAAUUGAUUAUCUUCUCCUCAGGAGGUAUGACAAAGGGCUGUUGAAAGGAUUGCAAGGUAAUUCCGGGUGA